AUGGAUCAUCAACACGCAUUACUACUGAUUAGUUCAGAAGCUCCUUCAUACAUGUGCAGUUGUUGUAAAGAGAUAGGUUUUGGAUCAUGUUACACCUGUGUAGAGAGCAAUUGCAACUACACCCUCCACUAUGAAUGUGCUGAGCCUGUUAAACAUGCAGUUCAUCCAUUUUUCAAAAACUGUACAUUUGAAUUCUAUGACAAAACAGUAGAAGAUGGAUUCUGUGAUGCUUGUGGAAAAGAUUUGUUAGGUUGUUUCUACUUUUCCAGAGCAGGGGAUGCUCUACAUCCUUGUUGUUUGAGCCUGGAAAAAAACAUUUCAGAUAAAAUGACUUUGUCGCAUCAAGUUCCAUCAGACUGUGUCAUGUGUAAGCAAAGGCAUGUUCAGAGGAACAACUUUGAAGGUUGGUCAUAUGUAUUUAACUCUGAUGGAAAGACUUGUGUUCAUGUGUCGUGUUGGAACGAUGUGAUUCUUGAGACUUUUAAUAAUAAUAAGUCAAAAGAAACUGUUGAGAAUUUGAAUAGUAAGUCAAAAGGGAGAAAGCGUGCUGUCAUGAAAUUUACAGGCAAGUUGGCGUUGAACAUGCUGUUAGACAUAGCUACAGGGGAUGUUAGCAAUUCUAUCUCUACCAUUGUCGAAGCCAUCGAAGCCCUCGCUUCUUAG